AGACAGAGUGAGCCAACCCUGUGUAUCACCAUAAUCUUUCAGUGUAGAUUUUACCCACUGAGGGUUAUUGAAACAGGAGGAGACCAUGAAAGCAGCAGUUGAUAGGAAGUCAGAGUCUGAGGUGUUGUGCUCGGCCUGGCUGGAGUGGAGAUAAGAGCUUGGGCGAGAGAGAAAACAGAGUUUGAUGAGACGAGCAGAAUACAAAUCAGUGUCUACUGUCCCUCAGCCAGACUGCCGAAUCAAACCAAUAUUAGUGUGUCUGCUGAAAUGGACAGUGAUUCAGCAACUAUAAUAGCUUUAUUGGUUGUGCAUUGAAAUGGUACGAGCAUAAUCAAAAGCUCUAAUAUGAAACUAAAUAGCAAUCACCUUUCCUGUAAAUCUCAAUUUUGGAGAUUUUGUCUCAGAACCCAGUGUGUCUCCAAGACUGAAAUUAUGGAUAAAGGAUCCAUCAGGUCCCAUGAAUACGUGUGACAACCAACAGUGACACCCAUCAAUGCAGCCCUCGCACCAUGCCGAGAAGACAAAGGAAAGCAUAGGCCCUGACUUGAUUGUGGUGAUGUGGCUCAUCUAGACCUUGAACAAAGGUUUAAAGGGCAAAGGCAAGAUGGAUCAGGAUAAUAGCUCCGUUGAUCCGUUCUUCACCAAUUCCACGGAGAGCUCUGAACCCACAGAGGCACUAUGGGACAAAGCCACUCUCCUGGGGCUCCAGAUCUUCCUGUCAGCCAUCCUGGCAAUCGUCACCCUGGCCACCGUGCUGUCCAAUGCCUUUGUCAUCGCCACCAUAUUCCUGACUCGGAAGCUACACACGCCAGCCAACUUUCUGAUUGGCUCGCUGGCUGUGACAGACCUGUUGGUGUCCAUCCUGGUCAUGCCUAUUAGCAUCUUGUACACAGUGAGUAAGACCUGGGCCCUGGGGCAGAUUGUCUGCGACAUCUGGCUGUCAUCGGACAUCACCUUCUGCACUGCCUCCAUCCUGCACCUGUGCGUCAUCGCGCUGGACCGCUACUGGGCCAUCACUGACGCCCUGGAGUACUCCAAGCGCCGGACAAUGCGUCGAGCGGGCCUGAUGAUAACAGUGGUAUGGGUGAUCUCCAUCUCCAUCUCCAUGCCGCCGCUCUUCUGGAGGCAGGCCAAGGCCAACGAGGAGGUGAUGGAGUGCAUGGUGAACACGGAUCAGAUCUCCUACACGCUCUACUCCACCUUCGGGGCGUUCUAUGUUCCCACUGUGUUGCUGAUCAUCCUCUACGGCCGGAUCUACGUGGCAGCCCGCUCACGCAUCUUUAAGACACCAGUGUCGUGCGGCAAGCGUUUCACCACGGCCCAGCUCAUCCAGACAUCGGCCGGCUCCUCCCUUUGCUCCAUCAACUCCGCCUCCAACCAAGAGGGCCACCUGCACCCCGGAGGGGGAGGCAACACGGGAGGAGUGGCAGUAAACGGAGGUGGAGGAAGCAGUGGUGGGUCGCCUCUCUUCAAUAACUGCGUGAUGGUGAAGCUGGCUGACAGCGUGCUGGAGAGGAAGCGUCUGUGCACCGCCCGGGAAAAGAAGGCCACCAAGACGCUGGGCAUCAUCCUGGGAGCCUUCAUCGUGUGCUGGCUACCCUUUUUUGUGGUCACCCUGGUACUGGCCAUCUGCAAAGAAUGCUGGUUCCACCCAGUGCUCUUCGACGUGUUCACCUGGCUUGGCUACCUAAACUCGCUCAUCAAUCCCGUUAUCUACACUGCCUUCAAUGACGAGUUCAAGCUGGCCUUCCACAAACUCAUCAAGUUCAAGAGAUGCUACUAAGGGAAUGCGAGUAUUGUACAUACAAAAUAUAUCAUAACCCAGUGUUUCCCAAACGUGGGGUCUCCUGAUUUGAAAAUGGGGUUGCGAGAGAAACUCUGAAGGGAAAAAAAAGAAUUGUGCUUGGUUCAUAAAACCGGGGUUACGUCAGUUGUAAUAAACAGAGCGGUUUCUGUUUUCUUAUUACAAAUAUGGUUCUAUUUUUUGCGGGGGGGUUUAAACUACAAAAUAUUAUGAUCCCAUCACUGAAAGAUAAGACUCAGGAACAUGUAUGUGUCUUCUGUUUCCCUCUACAGUGCCCACAAGCCUCAUUAGAACAGAGUGGACAAGACCAGGUACUAAAUCAGACUGGGGAGAAAAGAACAUCCUUCGCUAAUUUUCCAUCCAAUUUGUAACAGAUUUUCAUGCGAAUAUUCUCAAAUCUGCCAAAAACAAUAUGCGCCAUCAACUGAACUGAAUUAUUGAGGAUAAAAUCCUGUGCAUGAUGACGUAGUGCACAUAAAAGUAACUUUUGCCGUUCAAGUUAAAUGAGUUUCCAUCACAUUUUCAACUCAACUGAUGGUUUUGCAUUAUAUUGCAAAUGUGCCCUCUCUGGUCUUGGCACAUGCGCUGUAGCCAACAGUUCGCAGAUACAGUGCAGGUAGGCUACCUACAUUGAGAUUAUUAUGGACAAGGGCGAGAUUAUUUGUAUGAAUGAAUGACAUUUUAUUUUCAUGUGAAAUUGCCAAUUGGCAACCCAUUCCCGUAUGGGACUCAUUGACACAAACAAACAUUAAAAUAAUUCACUAUGGUAAUUAAAUGAGAAUCCAUAUUCCGGUGUUCUCUGCAUUGCGCAUCGCGUACAGAGUGAAAAAAAGUAAGGUAAAAAUCAAUACAUAAGUAGGCCUAAAUAAGGUUGUAUUUGUCAAACAGAAGCCAAACAUCGAUCAUCAUGUCACCAGAAUAUGACCUUCAAUAUUUAUUGAA